GAUAGAUAAUAAUGUCGGGUGUGUGGAUCUUCGACAAGAACGGGGUCGUACGUUUGAUCACUAACCCGACCCGGGAAUCCUUCGAGCGGAGGGAUUAUGGGUCGUCGUGUUCCGGCGGGGGCACGGCCACCGCGCCCGGCGCUCGGCCGCGGGUUCUUGUUUUUCUUCCGGCGAACCAAGUCAUCAAAUCCUACGUGGAGCUGGAGCGGAGGCUGGUUGAGCUCGGUUGGCGGCGCUAUCACGACGGAACCGCGGCGGAGCUCCUUCAGUUCCACCGCUCCGAAGACUCCGCCCACCUCAUCUCCCUCCCUAAAAGCUUCUCCGAUUUCAAGACGCUCCACAUGUACGAUAUCGUCGUCAAGAACCGCUCCUUCUUCCAAGUACGUGAUCUUUCUGAUCUUCAAACCAUCGAUAUCCCCAAUUCGUAACCUAACAGGAUUACACCUCAAUCUCGAGAGUCUGUUAUCAUUAUCAUUGUUGCUAGCUUUAAGAUUGUUGAGGUUUUUUCAUUUUUAUGGGUUUGAGGUGU